AUGGCAACCUUCUUGCUGCUUCAGGACCUCUACUUCGGCUCCAAGAUCGUCUCCCCUGACAACCACUUCAUUGCUGUGCCUCAGGUGAGUGAGAGUCAGGGACAGCAGGACAAUUGCAUGGUGGCCGCCCUUCAAAGGAACAUUGAGGAGCGUCUCGUAAAGGAUGCCAAGGCCAAGGUGAUUUACCUCAGCAUUACUGGGGAGCCGCGGUCCACACGCUGUGCCUACGAAACUCACUUCGAGGCCUUGUUUGUUAAUGACUCGCUCUCUGUUCAUCAUGUUACGGAUGCGGAAGGCACGAUCAAGCGCCGUCUCAUUAUUCUCUAUCCAAUGUCAAAGAAGCGCCGUGGUGAAUUGCCGAAGGUCCAGCUCUUGAGAAAGCUGGACAAAACAAUCAAGGCGGAGGAACCGUCGGGCUUGGAACUUCUUGAUCUGCGUCACUUUGAAAAUGACGGCAAAGUUCUGGAGGGAAUGGGCGCAAUGAACUUUUCCUACAACGGCGAGUUCGUAUAUAUGGCGCUUUCUCCGCGCAGCAACGAAGAGGUUCUUGAUGUUGUAUGCAGCCCUGAAAACUUGAACAUUCCUGAGAGGAAGCGGUUCAUCUUUACUGCAGUGGUUCCACGGCUUGCUGAAAAUGGACAUGGGGCUGGUGAGGACGUUGUCCAUCACACCAACCUUAUUGGCUGGUGCGGAAAGGGAAUCUGUGCUUGGGGCCUUGAAUUCCUGCGUUUCCCCUCUGAGGAGAAAAAGAAUGCGUUCUACGAGCACCUGGAGGCAACGUACAGUAAGAUUAUCAACCUCAACGCAGAGGAGAUUCGUGCCUUUGCCGGUAACGCCUGUGAGCUUUUGCUUCGCACGGAGGAGGGUGAGCGUCAGGUGCUGUGUAUUUCUAACCUUGCCCUCAGCGCUCUUCGUAACCGCAACCUCAAACUCCUUGAAGAGUGGUACGGGAAGGACAAUAUUUUCAUCUUCUAUGGGGAGACACUCGAGCGCCGAUCUGGUACCUCGGUUGGCGGGCUAAUUUGCCGCCCGAUCACUCACGGCGAGGUUCUGCCUGCCCCUGGACAAGUGACUGCUUUGGAAGUGGCACGCGUUGACGAAAAGGUUGUUUGCCCUGUGGUGCGUCGUUGA